AUUGCUACUGCAGUCAUCAUUGGCCUUCAGCAGGGGAAGCCCAAGAGGUGCAAAUCGGACUGGACUAUCGCGAUCGAUGCUGACGCGGCGUUUUGUGGGCUGUUGGCAGACAAUUUCACGGCACAGGAAAUGGGACUGGUUCUGCGUAAUCUUACUUGCAAGAUUUACGUCGAAAUUUCCUUCAUAAUCCUUCCGUGAGCCGAGACGUUUGUGUUCAGCUCCACGCUGGCCGGGUUCCCUCUAGGGCCAUUAGUUAUUGGCCACAAACACCUUUUUGCAGAUGUCGGUAGGGUCGCAUUAGGAGGACAGGCCCUUGUUCGCAGAUAGCGCAUGAUGCGGCAAUACAACUAUCGCUGAGCUCUUAUCAAACAAAAGCGGCGCAUUAAUUAGAUAUGUUUCGCACGGGCGUCAUCACGACCUAUGGCUAUGGCAACAUUUGGGAAGAACCCUCGUUUCGGCGCGCGAUGGCGCCGCUCGGUAUCACAGCCUGCGGCGCGGGCUUUCUCAUCAGCAGCUGCGCAUUGAGAGAUGCCUCCAAUAGCUGGCCCGUCCUGGCGGUGGUGGGUGCGCUGCUGCUCCUGAUGGCGGCCGUGCUGGUCGUGCGUCUGUGCUGCAAAGCCAUGGGCAGGGGUGCCAGGGGUGCGACACACGCCGCAGCAACGGCUGCGCCGUCGCCUGCGGCCUCAGCGCCGGCCUCCGCCGCCUCGACUGCCCUGUCCAACAGCCCACGGUUCCAUGGCGCGGACGCCGGCGGCCCUAGCAGCAGCAGCAGCAGCAACGGAAACCCGGGGCCUAGCAGCAACGCCAGCGGAACGGGCACCAGCCAUGGCGGAUUUACCGGCGGCACCUCGACCGCCAGCAUCGCCAGCGGCAGCGGCGGCGCCGCCAGCGCCAGCCGCCUCGGGGCAGGCGGCCUGCGAAGCGAGGACGUGUUACACCGCCACCACCACAGCCACCACCACAGCCACCACCACCAAAGCCACAGCCACCAGCAGGAUCGCAGGCCGCGGCGGCGGACGGCGGCGGCUCCGGUGCUGGUGGUUCAGCCGCACACGUUGCUGCUUGGGCUGCAGCCGGCGGCACAGGCGGUGCUGGAGCCAGGGACAGAGCAGGAGCAGGAGCAGGAGCGCGGCGAGGGCGGCCCUAGCAAUACGCGGACUGCUGUCCGGGGGCGGCCAGCAGCAGCUGCGGCACCGGCAGCGGCGGCAAGUAUGGCGGUUACAGCAGGCGCCCCACGGGAUGCAGCGGCGGCGGCGCUGGCGGUGGGCGCGGACGCGGCGGGCGGAGUGGGUGCGCAACAGGGUGCGGCUGCGGGCGCGGCUGGCGUGGAGGGUGGCAGUUCUGCGCCGGCGGCGGGCCAGGGCCCUGUCUCUCCAUUCUCACUCGCAGCCCCGCCGCAGCCGCCGGUGCCGCAGCGGGUUGCGCGCCGUGGCCCGCCGCCGCCGUCCAUGCGGACCGUCGUGCGAACGGCGGCACUGUUCCCGUCUGCCACGAUGCGUGGGUGGUGAUUGACAGAUUAAGGGAUGCAAGCGAGGUGGGGAGGAGCGAGGGGCUGGGGGCUAGGGGUAUUGGAGGUUGGAGGUUGGGGGCUGUUCGGCGAGGUAAUGGUCGUGGCAAUGAGUCACGUGAGCCCGGCUGUGUCCGUUGACUUGCAAAAGAAGACGUUACAUUUAUGUGAGUGCAGCAAAACGCAGAGACGCGGCGAGUGCUUUGUCUGCCAGCGCCUUCACAGUUUUCGCAUUGCAGUGGUUGCCUUCAUGGCUGCACGGUGACUGUAAGACGGUGAUGGCAAGGCGGUGACGUGUUUAUGCAGGGCGCCUGGGCCACCGGCCAUACAUGCCCGUGACCGUGCCAGCGGCCAUGAACGGUGCGUCGGUGCGUGAACUGCCUGAAGCGCCAAGCAGGGCCGAGCGGCCCAGAGAGUGGUUGACCGCCCCAACGGUCGUGAACG